CAACUGCGAAGAAGCUCUAGUGGACUGGUCUCAUAGUCAAUCCAACUAAAGCAUUGUACUGAGCUGAACGAGAGCUCAACUACUGGAGAGGCACCCUUCCUUUACCAGCAGAGAAUGCAGCAUGAUCACCAAACAACUUUGUAAGUUUUUGAGAGAGACAUCAAGAUUGACAGAAGAUUCAAAAACACUUUUCUAUUUUGCAGGAUACUAGAACAAAAAUGCUGAUAUCUCCAGGUUUCGCCAUGCUCUUUCUCUUGAGGAGUUCCACCGCUGAAGAAUGCCCAGAAAAGUGCAAAUGUAAAUCUUCCUUUCAGCGUGUGGAAAUUAACUGCAGCUUCAGAGGUCUAAGGGAGAUACCAUUUAUUCCAGAAACCGCAACUGAGCUUUACCUGCACGACAACUUGCUAACUACGGUUGCUCCGGGUACUUUUGGUAAAUUGCCUAACUUGCGGACUAUCAGUAUCCACAACAAUCGCUGGGACUGCGAUUGCCAUAUGGCCUAUCUCCACCAGUGGCUGCAGCACCCAUCGGCAGCGGUUCAUCCUAAUGUCACCUGUUUCACCCCUACCGCUAUUAGAAUGAAGCCCGUGACAGAACUCCGAGGAAAUGAAUAUACCGGUUGCCGGUCUCUUCAUCAAUAUCCAUGCCGUAACAUGUACCCUGGAAGUAUUAUUCUUUGUUUACUCUGUUUGCUUCUCCUCAUUUUGAUGACGUGUUCCUUCACCAACAUCAAAUCCAAAGCUUAUAUAUUUACACCAUCCAAUGAAUUUCAAAUAAGUAAACACUUCAAAAAGAGGCAAAGAAAAAGUGAGAAAAUAAAUUUGCUGACAGAAUUUGAGUUGAUGGAUGAAUUGCCCGGAGAUGACCUGGAGAAUCCUCUUUCCAGUGAGAGCAUGGAGAUUUUGCCACAGAUAUUACAUACCUUGAAUACAAAAUGUAACAUUAAAAUCAAGGAACAAUGACCUUGUUCUAUAUGUUCUAUCUACGGGCACAUAGAUUAACAGUUUCAGAACAAUGGUAAGUCUGCAAUAAGGCAAAUAGGCAUAUGUUCUAUUAAAUAUGCUCACUGAAAAAAGAGUUUGCUGUAACCAGUCAGCAAAAACUAUAACAAUUAUCUUAAAUGUGGAGAUGAUAAUAAAUGGUUACAGAUAAAACAAAAAAAGCAAGAUAGCAUAGAUUUAUCGACCAUUAUAAAUUUUACUUGGGUAAGUAAAUCCACAAGUAAUAAUAUUUCUUCGUUACCCCCACCCACUAAUAUGUGACUACAUCUACAGAACAUAACACAGUCCAGUUUUGUUUAUUGUCACGCGUACCCAGGUACAGUGAAAAUAUUUUUGUUGCGUGCUAUUCGGGCGGCAGAAUUAUUGAGAGCUUCACAAUUUCACAGAUGGGAGUUUGAGAGUUUAAAAAAUAAAAAUUUAUUCAACGCUAAUUUUAUACCUUUAUUAAAUAAACUUAAUACGCUGAUU